GUAUGUCGUCUGCAAGGCUCACCACAACGAGCUGAACUGGCCCAAGAUGGUGACCUUCUUAUUGGAGGCAUCUUUUCUUUUCGCACAGGGCAGGAUUAUGUAACUAAUACAUUUCAGACAAUUCCAGAAGUACGAAAAUGCAACAACUUCAAUUUUAGAGAAUUUCAAUUUGCUCAAGCAAUGAUAUUUGCUAUAAAUGAGAUCAACAAAAAUCCUGAUAUGCUCCCUAAUGUUAAACUUGGCUACAAGAUCUAUGAUAACUGUGGAACAAUGGACAUACUGAGAGCUGCAUUGGCAAUGGUAAGUGGACUAAAGGGAAACUUCAGUGACAACUGCACUAAAACUGAGACAGUGCAAGCUAUCUUGGGACAUUCAGGAUCAAGACCAACUAUUGCAUUUUCACAAGUUGUUGGAAGGUUUCAGAUACCUGUGAUCAGCCAUUUUGCCACAUGUGCCUGUCUGAGCGACAGGAAAGAGUAUCCCACUUUUUUCAGAACUAUUCCCAGUGACUACUACCAGAGCAGAGCACUGGCAAAGCUGGUCAAGCACUUCGGUUGGACCUGGAUUGGGGCUUUAGCUGUGGAUAACGAAUAUGGCCUCAAUGGCAUAGCUGCGUUUAUCCAAGCAGCACAAGAAUAUGGAGUCUGCAUUGAGUAUUUUGAAGCAUUUUCAUCAUCGGAUCCACCUCAUAGCCUGCAGAGAAUAAUAGAGAUUAUUAAACGUGGCACUUCCAAAGUGAUUAUGGCUUUUAUGUCUCACAGAGAAAUUAAAUUGCUGGCAAAUGAGCUGUACAAACAGAACAUUACAGGACUGCAGUGGGUUGGCAGUGAUGCCUGGAUCACAGAUAACUCUCUAACUGACAGUGAGGAACGCAUCAUCCUGGUGGGCUCCCUGGGCUUCACUGUCAGCAAAGCUAAAAUGCCAGGGCUGGAGGAGCACCUGAGGCAGCUCCAUCCCUCACAAUUUCCUGACAGUCAGUUUGUUAGAGAUUUCUGGGAAGACAUUUUUGACUGCACUCUGAAUGAAACUGCAAACACACAAAGAAAGCCAUGCAGCACCUCUGAGAGCUUGCAGAAUGAUAAAUCACAGUUUACUGAUGUGGCUGAGCUGAGAUUCACUAAUAAUGUUUACAAGUCAGUUUACGCAGUGGCUCAUGCUCUUGACAACCUGAUUAAAUGUGAGGAGGGUAAAGGGCUCUUUUCAAAUGGGAGCUGUGCUGAUACCAAACACAUUCAACCAUGGCAGGUCUUGCGCUAUCUUAACACUGUGAAUUUUACCACCAAGGAAGGGGAAAAAGUUUAUUUUGACAGUAAUGGCGACUCACCAGCAAGAUAUGAACUUGUUAAUUUACAAAUAACAAACAAAGGAACCAUGGAAGGAGCAACAGUUGGCAUUUAUGAUGCUUCUCUUCCAGAGGGUCAUCAGUUUAUCAUGAAUAACAUCCCAGUUGUUUGGAGAAGUGGGCUGACAGAGGGAGUACCUGUGUCAGUGUGCAGUGAUAGCUGUAUCCCAGGAACUUGUAAGGUCCUCCAGAAAGGAAAGCCAGUCUGCUGUUAUGAUUGCAUACCCUGUCCAGCAGGCGAGAUCAGUAAUUUAACAGAUUCAAUACACUGUAUGAAAUGCCCAUCUGUAUACUGGUCCAAUGAGCAGAAAGAUGCCUGUGUCCCCAAAGCAAUAGAAUUCUUGGCAUAUGAUGAAAUCUUGGGAACAUUGUUAGUCUUAUUUUCUCUGCUGGGAGUUUUUCUAACUAUGAUCACAACAUUAGUCUUCUACUGCCACAAAGAAACCCCACUAGUACGAGCCAACAACUCUGAGAUGAGCUUCCUCCUGCUCUUCUCAUUGACUCUGUGUUUCCUGUGUUCUCUGACCUUCAUCGGCCGGCCCUCUGAGUGGUCCUGCAUGCUGCGACACACCGCAUUCGGCAUCACCUUUGUCCUCUGUAUCUCUUGUGUUCUGGGGAAAACAAUAGUGGUGUUAAUGGCCUUCAGGGCCACACUUCCAGGUAGUAAUUUGAUGAAAUGGUUUGGGCCUGCACAGCAGAAACUCAGCGUUCUGGGUUUCACUCUUAUACAAGUUGUAAUUUGCAUACUUUGGCUCACAAUCAACCCUCCUUUUCCUUCCAUGAAUUUUUUGCACUAUAAGGACAAAAUCAUCUUAGAGUGUGCUCUGGGCUCAGCUGUAGGCUUUUGGGCUGUACUUGGGUACAUAGGACUUCUGGCCAUGUUAUGUUUUAUUCUUGCUUUUCUGGCUCGGAAACUGCCUGAUAAUUUAAUGAAGGCCAAAAUUUAUCACCUUUAGCAUCUGAUAUUCUGUGCAGUAUGGAUCACCUUCAUCCCAGCGUACGCCAGCUCUCCUGGGAAGUUCACAGUAGUUGUUGAGAUAUUUGCUAUUCUGGCAUCCAGUUAUGGGCUACUUUUCUGCAUUUUUCUACCAAAAUGUUAUAUAAUUUUGUUUAGGCCUGAGCAGAACACUAAGAAACACAUAAUGGGGAAGACAUCUAGUUAUGAAAUACAUCAUUAA